GAACACGACCACUGAUAAUCACGUACCCGUAUAAAAGUGCAAUGGGACUUGUAGUCCACAUGAAAAUCAAGCUAUUUUUCUUGACUCUUGGAAAGCAAAACUGGGUUACUGGUAAAAAACAAACAAAAAAAAGAUAAUAAAUCACAUGAUAUUCUGGAAAAACAUAUUGUGACGUUUUUAGUGGUACUUGGAGAGUAAAGAAAAAGCUAAACCGUCAGGACGGCAGCAACUUUCCCAGGAUUCCUCGCUUCAUGUAGUUCCGCUCUUCUGCGGUUGUUUCAAACAUGGAGGAGAGGGAAAGAAAGAGCGUGAAACCGGACAGUAAACAGUCAGCAGUCUCCGAACCGGAGCCGAUACCGGAGGCAGAGAAAUUAAAUGUGUGUUCUGAGAAGUUCGACCCGCUGCUGGCUUUGUAUUCCCCCGCAGCGCCGCCGCUUCCCUUUCCGAACAUCAAGUGCUUCAAUAAUGUGGCAGAGUACGAGAGCUUUUUAAAGGGCGGCCGGGGUCGAGCCAAGCCGGAGAAUGUGGAGAAAAGGCAGCGGAAAGCGAUGAAAGGGGUGGCAGACCCGGAGCGCAUCGAGAGGCUGAAGAAGCUGAUGGUGAACAACCCGGUGUCGGAGUCAGACGUGGGGGAGAGCAGCGGCGCGGCGGCGAGGAGGAGCAGGAGGAGGCAGAAACCGCAGAAAAAUGUCCUAACAAGGAUGUCUCUGUGUAAGGGCAGUCCCCUGGGGGAGCUGCACCGCUGCGUCGAGGGGAGGAUCAGAGUCAGAGUCCACAUCAGGACCUUUAAAGGACUGAGGGGAGUGUGUUCUGGCUUCGUCGUGGCCUUCGACAAGUUCUGGAACAUGGCCAUGGUUGACGUAGAUGAGACAUACAGAGAGCCUCUACUGGGAGAGGCUCUGUACCAUGAGAAAGCUCUCACCAUUUCACGGCUCUUUGAGAAGCUGAGUCUCCAGGAAAGCUUGGGAUGCAGUGAGCCGAUAAAGAAGCAGGAAACCAGAAAAAAAUCAAGCGAGGGACAGUCUGCAAAUCCCAAACCCGCUCCGAUGAGCUGCUCCGUUUGGCCCGCUAAUACGAGGGAGGACAGCGGGACAGCAGAACCCAGGCUGUCAAAGGAUGCUGAAAGCAAAGCAGAUAAAGGCAAUGUCUCAGCAAAGGCUCAGGAUCCAGCGGCCCAGCAGAAGACGUACGGGAAGGUGCACACGCGCCACAUCAACCAGCUUUUUAUUCGCGGUGAAAAUGUCAUCCUGGUAAACCCACAGCCACUCUGAGUUAUUUUGGUUUUCUCUGAAGUAGCCUGGCCAGAAGACAGCUGCAAGUUUAGUCUUUUACUGAGCAUACUGCUGGAGCCAUCAGCAUAAUGUAAUAAGAUUCAGAUGAAUUGAGCACAAGCCGUUAUAUCACAUUGAUAUGAUACACCAGAGAAAUGAUCUUCUUAUUGAGAAAUAAAAGCGUCUUAAUUCAGAUUAAAGUAA